UAAUAUUAAAAAUAAAAGAUAUUUUGGACUUUGUGGCAAUAAAAUUAGGUGAAUUAGCAGAAUUAAUUUAAUAGGUAUUUAAAUAAAUUCUCAAUCACCUACGGCGAAAGCCACCAUGACAGCAAUAGAGACAGAGACCCUUCUCGAGUACAUCGUGGUGGAGUACCGCUGGCUGCUGGCGAUCCUCGUGCUGAUGCCCAUGUCCUUCGCGUGGAAGGUUUGGUCCGCCGUCAGGAGCUAUGUGGUGUUCCGGAUGAACAGCGCACCCAAGAUGCAUGAGAGGAAGGUUAAGGAUAUUCAGAGGCAGAUAAAGGAAUGGUUGGCUGGCGACCGCAGUACUCGCCUAUGCACAGCGAGACCCACCUGGCAGACCAUGUCUUUCCGUCAAGGACUCUACAAGAAGACCUCCACAAACAUCAAUGUGAACCUCGUGGACGUGCUGGAAGUGGAUAAGAAGAACAUGACAGUUCGCUGCGAGCCCAUGGUAACCAUGGGUCAACUAUCCCGUACCCUCGAUUCCCUGGGUCUCUCCCUGCCCGUGGUUCCCGAGCUCGACCAGCUGACUGUCGGAGGCCUAGUCAUGGGGACGGGAGUGGAGUCCUCUUCACAUAUUUAUGGGCUGUUCCAACACAUAUGCCUGCAGUAUGAACUGGUGUUGGCUGAUGGCUCGGUCGUCACUUGUAGCAAGGAUGAGAAUGCAGAUCUGUUCUACACAAUUCCUUGGUCAUACGGCACUCUGGGAUUCCUGGCUUCAGCUGUCAUCAAAGUCGUCCCUUCUAAGAAAUAUAUCCGGUUAGAAUAUCAGCCGUACACCAGUCUACCAGAGCUCUCAACGCGGUUCCAAGAAGAGUCUCUCAAGAAGCAGCCACACCAGUUCAUCGAAGCCCUGUUGUACAGCAAAGACAAGGGAGUUGUGAUGACAGGAGACAUGGUGGAUGAAAUAGGAAAUGAUGGGAAGUACAACCCCAUCGGCAGAUGGUACUCGGAGUGGUUCUACAAGCAGGUGGAACAUCACUUGGAGAACUACGAGAGAGGGAGCCAGCAGCCAGUUGUCGAGUACAUGCCGCUCAGGCACUACUACCAUAGACACACUAGAAGUUUCUUCUGGGAGUUAAAAGACAUCAUCUCCUUUGGCAACCACCCUGUUUUCCGCCUACUGUUUGGCUGGCUGAUGCCUCCAGAAGUGUCUCUGCUCAAGCUGACACAGCCAGAGGCUGUCACCAGGCUUUACAACAAGGGCCAUGUCAUCCAGGACAUGCUGGUACCCAUAGAUAUCUUGGAGAAGGCUGUUCUGCUGUUUCAUGACAAGUUUAGGGUGUAUCCCAUUUGGCUGUGUCCCUUCAAAGUCCCCAACAACCCUGGGCAGCUGAAGGUCACCGGCGACUGGCAAAUGUUCGUCGACAUCGGAGUCUAUGGCAUCCCUACUGCUCCUGGAUAUGAAACUGUAUCAGCAACCCGAAGCGUAGAAAACUUCGUGACCCAAGUAAAGGGUUUCCAGAUGCUCUACGCCGACACUUUCACGACAGAGGAAGAGUUCCGGCGCAUGUUCGACCACACGCUAUACGAUAAGGUGCGAGAAACGCUGCCGUAUUGUAAGCAGGCCUUCCCUGACAUAUACGGCAAAGUCAAUAGGAGCGUGAGGAAGUGAUGCUGUUGCAUUUGGGAUACUACUUUUAAGUACACAAAAUCUCGAGGUUCAAAAGUAAGAAACAAAAACCUUGGUUGUACGAUUGACAAACUAAACCUUAAGGAAGACUUAUGAUGAGGAAAGUCACGUGGAUAUUUCAUUGUUUGUUUUCUGUGCUUAUUUAAUAAAGUGAGUAUUAUAAAUUUGUUCUAA